AUAUGCAUUUUGUUUAUGUGUUUAAAACAGAAUAAUGAUGUUUCUAAGUCUGGUUUAAGCGAUGUUAGCAAAGGGGGAAUUAGGUGCCAGCUACUAGAUUGGUGUUCGAAAGAUGACAUUGUUGUUGGUGAAGGAGAAUAUUGCUCCUGUGAACCAACAUACAAGAUUGGUCGCAUUCCUAUAGGCCGUAAUGCUGCUGCUGUACUUGUCAACUCUGUAUUAGUAAUAGGAGCAUCUCUCUGGAGACCUACUCAAUCCAUUGGCUCACUUGGUGAAGCUGUAGGAGUUAAAAUCCCGUGGCCAAGUGAUAAGAUAAUUUUGGAUGAUGAUUAUAACUUCACAGAGCCUCAUAACACUGACAGAUCCGAGGCUUCAGAUGGAUCAAUAGGAAGAGUUCACAGAGUUCACAUUUAUGAUUAUUGGAAUGUGGAUACUGAUGUGAUUGCUGAGGAUAUAUUGUUGUCAACUGACCCUAAAGAAAUGGUCAACAAUGCUCCUCUGGGACCAAAUGAUGCAGUUAUUAAUGUCGAUAAGGUGGUUAAACCUGGUGCUUAUUUAUGGAGACCUACUAUGAAAGGUUCAUCAUUGAUGGGUGAUGCACUAAAUGAGAUCAUCACAUGGCCUGCUGAUAGGAUACAAAUACCUCUGUCUACACUUGAUGAAUCAACGAAAAAAUCAUCACCUCUGCAGAGUGGCACUAACAGUACUGGUACAAGCAAAGGCUCCAAAAAGAAUUGCUUUCUAUUAGAUUGUGAUAAUUCUGGGGAGCAAGUUGCAAUAGGUCGUGUCUGUUCCACUGAUCCAGAAGACAAGGUCCAUCUCUGUCCUUUAGGUCCCAAUGCUAGCAAGAUCUGGGUAGAGGUUUCCAAGAUUGAUGGUGCACGAGUGUGGAGACCAAAUUCUGAAAUUCAAGUAAUAUCUGAUGCAGUAGGAAACUGGGUGGCUUGGCCUAACAAGCAUAUUGUAUUCAUGUGAGCAUAAGUUUGUGUCAAAAAACAUUGUUCUAUCUCAUGGUGUAGUACUACUCUUUGUAUGAUCUUUUAAAAUGACAGGUUUAAAUCCAGUUUUAAUUUUAAGUUUGAUUUAAA